CAUAGCUAUUAAUAUUAGUGUACUAUUAAUACUCAGCUUUUGUUUAGAGAAAAAUUGCAAUAAAAUUAAUGUGUUUUGCGAUUUAUAGCCAAUAAUUGGCGAAAUGUCUGCCAAAAGAAAAUCGUUUCCCAACAAAAUUGCGCCUCAAAUGGACGACCAGAAGGAGGAGGAAGAGGACGACGACUUCGACGAGUCCGACAAAAACGACAGCGACGUCGAAGUGGACGCCCAGCCCGAGGACUACCGCGUGAACGGCGUGUCGUCCGCCGCCGCCGCGCCCGCAGUGGCCGUCAACAACAGCCUCGCGGCGUCGGAGCCGUCGACCACCGACUCGGAGUACGAGAGCGAGUCGAGCGGCCACUCGUCUUCGGAAAAGCGGCGCCAACUGAAGCUGAAUAAGCGGUCGAUCGACGAAGUGUUGAACCGUCUCAACAAAAACAACAGUCACUCGAAGCAGAGGGACGGAGUGUUGGAGCAGAACAUUGUGCACUCGUUGGCCUCUCUGUGCGCUGACGGCGAUCCCCAAGUCGUGACGAACACCGAGCGAAAGCUCAAUGAAAUGAUUGAACAAUUGUCACAAUUACGAGAGAAUCUAUUAUUAAAGCAACAUGAGUCAAAAUUAGACUCAUCUUCCACUCAAUUGACGGCUGAGUUGCAAAGACACCAAACGGAACAGAUUGAGCGACAACAGGAACAAUUGGUUCAACAACAACACAAAAUACAAGAACUCCAGGCACAACUCAGCGCUCAAUACAUGUCCAAACUGAUGCCCAACUUCUUGGGCUCGCAGGCGGCCGCCGCCGCCAUCUUCUCGCCCUUCAUGGACGGCGCCCUCAAACUGCCGGCCGGCGCCCGCGCUCUGCCCUACCCGGAUACCAGCGCGCUCUUCAGCCAAAUGUGUCAGACGUCGGCGCCGACGCCCGACCAGAAGGCGCCGCAAACGCAGCACAACAACAACUUUAAGCUCGAGUCGGCGGCGCACCACCUCCUCGCCGACCACCACAGCCCCGCCAAACACUUCAAGGAGGCCGCAGUGCCCGCAGACCUAUCCAUGAAGAACCGCUUCCACCACCACAACAGCCGCAACUCGAGUCCGCAGCAGUCGGAGCGCUCCGCCGACAGCAACAACCGGACGUCGGCCGCCAAUCACCGCAACCAAUCGGAAGCGCCGCUCAAUCUAUCGAAAGCCAAGUCAGCGCUCGCGGCGGCGGCGACGGCCGCGACGACCACUUCCUCGCAAUCAUUCUCAUCGAACGCCUCAUUGAACUCAAUCAACAGUGGACUCAACGGAUCCGCGAACUACGGCUCGAAGCCAUCCUUCACUCGCAACCAUUCGCCGAUGUCUUCGCCGCCCGCCAUCUCCACUAUGAUCUCAUCCCAGUUGUCACAACUUCCGCCGCCGCAGUCGGCCUUCUUCGGGAAUCCGGGUCUCACUUCCAACCAGUACUUCCACGCCUACAACGCUCUGGGCAUGGGAUUCAGGGCGCCGCAUAUGGGCCACGACAUGUCGCAAAUGCCUUCCAUGCCCUCCGACAAGACGUUCAAUCCGUUCGGACCGCUUCUGCUGCCCGACCUCUCGAAACUGACGCCCACUUCGACCGUGACGUCGGCCGCUAUGGGACCACAAAUGGACAGACAUCGCAACGAAGCGCAACAACAGCUCCAGAACGACACCGAGACUAUCGUCACGUGUCAGAACAAGAUAUUGGGCGCAAAGAUUAUUCGUCAGCAGAAGCGCGACCAGGACGGCAAGCCUCACGUCAAGCGCCCGAUGAAUGCGUUCAUGGUUUGGGCCAAAGACGAGCGAAGGAAGAUCCUCAAAGCCUGUCCCGAUAUGCAUAACUCGAAUAUAUCGAAAAUCUUGGGCGCUCGUUGGAAAGCAAUGACAAACUCUGAGAAACAGCCCUAUUAUGAGGAGCAGUCGCGACUGUCGAAGCUGCACAUGGAGAAGCACCCGGACUACAGAUAUCGACCCCGACCUAAGCGCACCUGUAUUGUGGACGGCAAGAAGCUGAGGAUUUCUGAAUACAAACAACUUAUGCAGCAGUCAGUUUGCCCGCAAUUAUUGCUCCCAAACCCUUAG